UGAGACGUCACAGAGUCGUGUGCAGAUAAAAGACGAGAAGGAGAAACAGCAGUUUAUCUGUUUCCUCUGAAGGUGAAGACGUCUCUUCAGUUUGACUCAGAGAUAAGUCCAGUUUCAGCAGAAAUCUGUUUGUCAUGGAAGUUUCCUGGAAGCUGGUGAAAGGAGAAGUCAGGCAGCAGCUGAUGCAUCAAGGAGACCAGAAGCUGUUUCAAGUCGUCCUCCUCCUCCUCUUGGCUCCAGCGUUGAUCAGCUGCCGUGUCGCCGAAUAUCCGACUGACUGCAGCCAGAUCCAUGAAAUCGGAGAUUACCACCAGAGCGGCUCCUACUCAAUCCAGCCUGCAGGAGAGAACCUCAAAGUCGAAGUGUACUGUCAGAUGAGUCCAAACCAAUCAGCCUGGACAGUGAUUCAGACCAGGAUGGAUGGAACCGUCAACUUCUACCGGCCCUGGAUUCAGUACAAGGUCGGCUUUGGUUCUGUGAGGGGAGAACACUGGCUCGGUCUGGACAACCUCCACUAUCUUACCUCAGGACCCACGAAGUUUGAGUUACAGGUGGACAUGGAGGACUUUGAGGGAAAUAAAGCGUCCGCGCAUUACAGGAUGUUCUCCGUCGACUCUGAGUGUAACGGAUACAACUUGAGUGUGUCUGGAUUCACAGAUAAAGGAGCAGGAGACUCCAUGAUGCUACACAAUGGCAUGAAGUUCUCCACCUUUGACAGAGACCAGGACACAGGGUCUGGGAACUGUGCCUCACACUACAUGGGAGGUUUCUGGUACAACAACUGUCACCAAGCAAACCCUAAUGGGGUUUAUCGUUGGGGAAAGGAGAAGACUCCCUUUGCUGUUGGAGUUUCAUGGUUCACUUGGAAAAAAAACCAUGACUACUCUGUGAAGUCCAUCGUCAUGAAGGUCCGUCCUGUGCAGCCUGAGUAACUUUCCAGGAGCAGCAGCAGACCAGAUGUUGAUCUGUCUCAACAUCUGUCGCUUUCAUCAGUCAAAGUCAAAAGAAAUCACACGUUUGAACCCUGAUGUCAAUCAUCGCCUGCUGCAUGUCCUCAAUAAACGAGACGCAAAAAAUCUGAUGUGACCGGA